AUGCCGGGGCCACCGCCGGCCAAGGAGGACCCGCUGGAGCUGCGCACCCUCCGGCUGCUCACCGACUACCUGGAGCACUGCGCCCGGAGGCCCGGCCGCGCCCCGCGCCCGCCCACCUCGCUGGAGGCCGCGGUGGUGCGCUCCCUGGCCCCCCAGAUACAGGAGCAGUACCAGCUCUCCUGGACCCGCUACCACCGCCUGGGGUCGGGGGACCGCGUGGAGCUGGUGGCGAGCGCGAUCGAGAAAGUAUUUCUGCACCCCCCGGGCCCCGACUGGGGCCGCGUGGUGGCGCUCCUGGCCUUCGCGGGGUUCCUGCUGGAGAGGCCGCCGACGAGCCACCCGUGGGCGCUGAAAAAUUGGGAAGCCACGGUGGACCAGGACUGCCAGAACCUGGUGGCCCUGCUGUGCGCCUGUCUCACCGGGCAGCACCGCGCCUGGCUGGAGGCGCACGGCGGCUGGGCGGUGUAG